UUAGCAGCAGCGUUAGACGGCGCCUGUCUUUGUGUUCACAAGUAUCUCUGUUUGCCUGCAUAUGCUUUCAUUGGACUGAGGACAGCAGGGAUUUGCAGCAGCCUCCGUUUUUUGUUGAUUUACACUUCCUGACUCCUUGUCAUGAUCGCCAGUUUUUACCCACAAUGCCAGUGUUUUACUCGACUGUCCCUGAGAACCUGCAGAUGGGCCUGGCCUAUGUGGGAGGCUCAGUGUUCUCUAAGAACAGGACAGCAAACAGUGAUGUGGGCAGGGAGCAGGAGGAUGCAUCAGUGGUCAACGAGUUAGUUUCUCACCUUCCCCUUCAAAUGCUGCUGUACUUCAACCUGUUUUACUUUCCCUGCUGGUGGUUUUCUGCUGUCUUCAUGUUAGAAGUAAAGUACUACUAUCUCCCUGGGUACUACCAGGCUCUGCUCAUAACCGGGCUGGUCCUGCUCACAAUCAUCGAAGUGAUCCGGCUUUACCUGGGCUACGUUGGCAAUCUGAAAGAAAAGGUGCCAGAGCUGGCAGCCUUCUGGCUCCUGUCUUUCAUGUUCCAGCUGCCAGUGCUGCUCUUCUUUGUGACAGAUGAAGGAAUCCUCAUCCUGCCCCUGGAGGUGGCCGUCCACUCCAUCUACCUCUUCUUCCUGCUCGCCCAGAUCCUGGCUUCCUUCCUGGCACUCAGGACCAUGACCCGCAAGCUCACCCUGCUUUUCUACCUGCGCCAGUUGGGCAAGGUGGAGGAGGGUCUGCAGCGCCGGGAGCUGAGCCCCAUCUACGGGCUUCCCUACAACCGCAGCGUGCUGCCUAUUACACCCGCUCAGGAUAUAUAUCAUUAAAAUAAAAAAAGAUUUGUUUCAGUA